CGCGAAGGUAGCAGUGGCUUUUCCUCUCAUUGGCUAAAGGUGCUUGAAGGCGUUUUUUACGGGGAAGGUUUUUGUGAGUACGAGGAAACGCUGAUAUACAAGAUUAGAGUCCACCUCUUUAGUCUUUACUGAUUGUGAUUGUUAAGUUUUCUCGCAACAUCAUGUCGUUCGUGGUUUCCACCUUGCUCGCCAACCGGGAAGAAAAUUCCCUUGACAGGUUGCUCAAUGGCAAUGACUCUGACCACUCUGACGAAAUGCAGACGUCGACGUCGUCAAGUGAUGAUGCGGGCUCCGACCUGGACGGCACUGGUUUCCACUUUCGGUGCCGAGGUAAGACGGAGAAAGGCAAGCGCUGCGGCACCACCACCGACCACGACGAUCAGCUGGAUUACGACUGCUCACACAAUAUUCUGAAAUAUGGCUACUGCACGCGACACCUGACACAGCGACGCGGCACUACCGAUCCCAGGUCGGACGAUGAUAUGCUGUAUCAGUCGACAGUGGAAAUGGAAUUCGGCGGCAGAGACAAACCGCAUCCGCCGAUCGUAAAGGCGGCAAUGAACGGAGAUGUGUCCAAAGUGAAAGAAAUUUUGGACGCGAAGAACGGAUUGAGAAAGCUGAAUGCGCGCCGUGUCCGACUGGAUUUCGAAGAAAGAGCCGGGGGCUACGAGGACGAUGUCGAUGUCACCAGUGUAGAAGACGACACACCGUUGAUUGCCGCCGUCCGGAACGGCCAUGUAGAUGUAGUAGUCGAGCUGCUGAUUCGAGGUGCGGACGUUUCGCUGGAGUCUCUCCGAUUUGAAGACACCCAUAAUUCUAGCCAGCCAAAAACUACAAUUCAGGUCGCGAUCGAUAAAGGACACACGAAAGGCGGCUGUAUGCUGCGGAUGCUGAAGCUUGCGGAGACGUAUCAUCACAGUUUACGGUACACCAGGGCGAAGAUUCCUUUUCCGCCAGCGAGGAAGACCGGUGCGGAGUUUAACCAGAACACGUUGCAGACGCUUUUGCGAUGGUACGGUCGCCUAGCAUCCGGCUUCACGAAGGAGCAGCUUCUGCGGAGACUGCAGGAAACAGAUGCGCUCAAGGACUUACACUACGAAGAGACCGCGAGGUGGAGAAAAGACUACAUGCCGGUCCUGAAAGAGCACGGACGGCUUUUGCCGCAGCGUGCCAAGGCCGUCGAUGACCUGAUCAAGAUAGCGGCUUCCGCAGGUGUUCUCACCUCUGUUCCAGCGCAUCUGCAGGCCGAAGACCAGGGGCUGUGCCGUUUGCUCACCGCCUGUGCGUUGGAGGAACAUGAUACUUCAGCGAUCUCUCAGAGCUCGUCUCUCUUCGAGUCUCUCGUUGCGCCGGUCCUUGUGGUUGUGCCAAAUAAUGAAAAGCAGGUGACAAGGACCACAAGGACAACUGCGGAUGCCGUUGCACUUGGCUGGAAAAACAGGAGACAGAAUCAGCAAGCAGCCCGAUCCCGCCAGCCACGGACACGAAUGCAGGUGCCACAGAUCGCUCGUGACCUCGGACUGCACGGCCGAUCAGUUCCGUCUGCAGAGCUGGCUGCUCCUGCGUGCUGCACUAGAACUGUCGAGGCGGCAAAAGGAAUGAGCUUGCCGCAGCACUUCUGCGCUUCCUGUGCUUGUUCCGGGACUAAGCAGGACACCUCGCUGUUUGCACAGCAAGCUCAAGAACCUUCGGUCGUCGACGAUGAGGCCUGCCCGUUCGCCACGGCCACGUCGUCUGAGCAGGUUGUCUUCUUCAACUACGGGAUGCACAAGGGACGCACAUUUGCCGACAUUUUCAUGAAUGACGCGGCCUUUUGCCGCUGGGCUCGCUUUUUCACAGAUGUUUUCGGGGACCAGAAGGGAUAUCGUGAUCCCAACGCGUUUGAGAACGAGGCCGACCGCCAGAUCGCGGAGUUCUGCAACUUCUGCAACAAGGCUCGGGGACAAGCUGAAAGCAAUGUGCACGACACAUCGUCGACUUCGCCGGAGGAGGCGGCGGAGAACCACGGGGGUACUAUUUCGCACCCGACGCUCACAUCCGAGCCAGCAAGUGGUUCUGUUCCACCACGAUCGACUGCAAUGAAAAGUACUGCCGAUAUUACCGGUGUUCCUCAGCGGUUGCUGUCCGAGUCGGGCUUCCAAAAGCAGGAGAUGUGCCAAACAGCUCCAUCGUUGACUUUGAAGCGCACGCAAAAGGAGGUCGCGACUUGCGAGGGUUGCAAGCGGACCUUCAAGAGCUUGCGAGCCAUGCACCGACACCAGAUGGAUGCGAAAUCGUCGCCGGAGUGCUGUUACCAAUGAAACCGGUUUUGAAUCCCAAAUAAAAAGUAUGCAGCAGCCUUCGUCACCUUUUGCAGUAUUCCCUGUGUAUGAUGUUGAUGUUUCUGAUUUCUUGCAGUUGUACGCAAAUCCAAAUGUGAACGACCUCGACGGUGUUGUUAACAAGAUUGAGAUGCAAAUAGCUAUGAGUCCGCCGGAUUGCUUGUUUUGCCGUUGCACUUCCUAAAUUGUACGAUAGAUACAGGCGUUGAAGUCCCCUCCUUCUUCAACUGGAACAAGAAAAAAACCUGAC